GCACUAUAUACAUAUUUUAAAAAGCGUAAAUACAUUAUAGAGUUCAUGCAUACACAUUAGCGGUGAAUGCCAUACUGAGCGUGCUUCAAAGGAUUCAUUUUUUGUCUGAGGACGUCGGCUGGGCUGGCUGAGAACGAGGCAAGAUGUCGAAUAUAUAUGUAAUGGAGCCUCCCACCAACGGGAAGGUUGUAAUGCAUACAAAUUAUGGGGAGAUCGGUAUCGAACUGUGGGGUAAAGAGACGCCUAAAGCAGUACGCAAUUUCAUUCAACUCUGUAUGGAAGGCUACUACGACGACAAUAUAGUCAACCGAAUCUCUAAGGGAUUCAUGAUACAAAUGGGUGACCCCACCGGGACGGGGUUUGGUGGAGAAAGCAUAUAUGAUGAGCCCUUCAAGGACGAAUUCCAUCAAAGACUUAAGUUCUCGCGGCGUGGCCUGGUUGCCAUGGCUAACAGCGGUAGCCAUGACAACCGAAGUCAGUUUUUCAUCACGCUGGAUAAAACCGAGGGAUUAAAUAAGAAACACACAUUGUUUGGGAGGGUCGAUCAUGAAACUAUUUUCAAUGUACUGCGCGUUGGAGAUGCGGAAACAGACGAAGAUGAGCGGCCUUUAAAUCCCCCUAGAAUCAAGUAUAUUGAAGUGCUGGUCAAUCCUUUUGAUGAUAUCGUGCCGCGCUCUUUGCCUGCAAGGCUGGCGAAGAUCGACCAAGCUCGGGCCAACAAAGAAAGCAAGGCAAAGGGAUCCAAAAUGAAGAAAACUCGAGACGCUAAGCUGCUCUCAUUUGGAGGAGAUGACGAUGAAGAGGAUGAAGGGGAGGCAGACAACAUGUUUAGUAGUAAAAGUAAAACAAAGCGAAUGAAGAUUAAAAGUGCACACGAAGCUUUGGCAGACCCGACGCUUGCAGCAGAAGUGGGCGCUAUAGAACCGGUGGUGAGUGAGGAGAAAAGCAAGGGUACCAGUGCGAAUGGUGAUGGAAAGGGUGCGAGUGUAUCCGAUGAUAAGGUUAGGGAAACGGAAGAUGAAAGCGAUACAAAGAAAUAUAAGGAGGACACAUCGAGUGCUGCCAAGACGAGCAAGAGUUUGACAACCGCAGAACAGACCGAGAAAUUAGUGCGCGAGAUCAGAGAGAGCAAGCGAAGGCAACGCGAUAUGGGAGAUGGACGUAUUGCGGAGACAAAUACACAGACUGGAGUGAAUGACAACCAGGUGAAAUCUGCGGUGGAUGAUGGGGAAGCGUAUCUGGAAGCACAGAGGCGGAAGUACGCGGACAGUUUGGGGUCAACGGGGAAGGCCAAAGCCGAUGCGAAGGCCAAGGCUCUUUUGGAAAGCUUUCAGAUGAAAGUUAGUGCACGGUCGUGGGCGGAUAAGAGUGACGAGGAGGAAGAGGAAGAAGAGUCAAAUGGGAAAAAUACGGAUAGUGCUAGUUUGGAUGCGGAUAUGAAGGGGAAGGGUGGGGGGCGUAGUACAAAUGGCGACGACUGGAUGUCACAUGCACUCGAUUUCGACCCAGAAGAUAGUCUUGUGCUCUCGAAGGAUCCUUUCAAAGACAAUGCGGAAGAUAUGUACACAUUGGAAGAUCCGCGCAAUCCGCUCACAAUCGCACGGCGUGAGAGAGACGCCAAAGACAAGUUCAGUACAAAAGAUAAGCGCAACAGGCGAGACGAUCGGGGUGACAACAGACACGGUAAUCCAGACAGGAAUAGACGCGAGCAUAUAGGUGGGGAUAAUGAAAGCAGCAGGAGUAGAGGUGGGUAUAAGGAGGGUAGAGAUAACAAGGGGAAUGGGGAUGAUUGGAGGAGCGAUGCAACUAGGGAUAGAGAGGGGCGCAAGGAUGGUGGCAGGGAAACGAGUCGAGACAGGGGCAGAAAGAGAUCGAGAGAUAGACAUGACAGUCGUAGCCAUAGCAGGCGAUAAGAUAAACGCAAGAGGGCAUUUGUGAAUGGUACGACAAAGCAAAUGUGGACAAUACUAUGUACGGACGGAAGCAGAUUGGCGAUUGGGAUCGCCUGUCUCAUUACAAACGCUUGUCUGAGCUAUCGUAUUGGUAGUACUAUUGUACGGAUCCGUCAGACAGGCCUAUGUACUACAUCGCUCAACGGUGAUUCAAACCCCUCAACAUUGGCAGCGCAGUGUCUAUGACGGGACCGGCUUUCAUAACCAAGUAUAGCAAGAUCGAGGUUUUUCGUAUAGCACUGAGCGGAUUUUUGCACAGAGUGAACGUCUACAUCAAGAACGACUUUGUAAAAAUUGCAAAAUACAGUGAGGCAACCGAGCAACGAACGAGACGGUUCAUAUGACACUAGCAAACAUCUGUAAAUAGAUUGUUUGGAGUGUAGUCGCAAUAGUACCAGAUGGGAUCCGUUUCACAAUACGUAUGUGUCGGUCAUAUAGAAACGGCAAGACACAUGUUAUCAUACAUAUGCAACGUAUAGGAAAGCAGAACAUACUAUGAACGAUGUUUCAAGAAUAUGUCCUCGAUUCCUGAUAUUUAAGCGACUUUCUAGAGUGCGAGUAGAGUUUUAAUUUAGUACCCAACUCCUUGCAGGCUUCUAGGAUAGCAUGAUGUUAGAAAGAUGCACCGACACAUGUAGUGUUGUUCGCUGUGGUCAAAUAAACAAGUGCGGAGAG